AGUUUAAAAAAAAAAGGGGGGGGGGUUGGGAGGAGGAGAUGACGUCGGUAAAAGUAUUUGGCAAACCAAACAAAAGAAAAUACUGGCACACUCACAACUAGGCUCGACUGGGAACAGGAAGUCAGGAAGAUGUAAAUAUAGAGACCAGGAAGGAAAAAGGAAAAACGCGAGGUUGGAAGGAAGAAGGGAAGAAGGAAAAAAGGCAAAGAAGGAAGCGAGAGGCAUGGAACUGGGCACCAAGAGGCUUGCAGAGCAAGGGUAGGAUUAACCUCGUUCUCAUCCUCGCCCCUAAGGGGAGCGCAAGCACAGGAAGUGUUCCUCGUCUCCUAUCCCUUUAACCGGAGUCUUGCCCGGGGACUCCCCGGCGUCGGGUUGGCCUAGUGCGCAGAACCGCACGUGAAAGGGGCGGAGAGGGAGAGAGAAAGACUGAACCUCACAAUUUCAAUGCUCCAAUACCUUCCAUCCCAAUGCUGACCCGGAAGAGCUUCUACUCUUCCUCAGCGCCUCGGCGGAGAAAGUCGCUGGCGUGCGCGCAUACACACGUAGACAUACGCAUACACUAUACACACACGGACACGGACACGGACACGGACACGGACACGGGCACGGACACGGACACGUAACCUUUCUUCCUUCAGGGAAUAUCUAGCUCUAACGGAGUCAGCCUUCCGACUUACUUUCGGCCGCUGCUGCUGUACCACUACUCUCCCCUCCCCACCAAUAUUUUUUAAUUAAAAAAAAAAAAAAAUGGCAGAGUCAACAGAGGAGGUGGCGGUGCUGGUGCAGCGGGUGGUGAAGGACAUCAACAACGCCUUCAAGAGGAAUCCACACAUAGAUGAAAUAGGACUAAUUCCCUGUCCUGAAGCUCGGUACAACCGGAGUCCAAUAGUCUUGGUUGAGAAUAAACUUGGUGUGGAGAGUUGGUGUGUCAAGUUUCUUUUGCCAUAUGUCCACAACAAACUUCUGCUCUACAGGCAAAGAAAGCAGCGACUAAACAAAGAUGAAUUGGUAGAUGUCACAUGUACCCUGCUACUUCUAAACCCAGAUUUUACUACUGCAUGGAACGUGAGGAAAGAACUAAUCCUAUCUGGCACUUUAAAUCCAAUUAAGGAUUUGCAUCUGGGAAAACUGGCUUUAACUAAAUUUCCGAAGAGCCCAGAAACAUGGAUUCACAGGCGAUGGGUACUACAACAGCUAAUUCAGGAAAGCUCCUUACCCACUUUUGUGAAGAAAGAGAACUUGGCAACAUUUCCCACAGAUAGAGUACAACAAAUAGUGCAAGAGGAGAUAGAGGUCUGUAAUGAAGCUGCUGGGAGAUAUCCAAGUAACUACAAUGCCUGGUCUCAUCGCAUCUGGGUAUUGCAACACUUGGCAAAGCUGGAUAUCAAGAUUCUUCUUGAUGAACUUUCUUCCACCAAACAUUGGGCAUCCAUGCAUGUUUCAGAUCACAGUGGAUUUCACUAUCGCCAGUUCUUGUUAAAGUCUUUGAUAAGCCAAACUGGGAUUGACUGUGCUAUAUUGGAACAGAGCCCUUUAGUAAGUAAGCAAAUCCCAGAUCUUCCAAAAGAUGAUGAUGAAGAAGAAACGGCAACAGAGCACCACAGAGUAGUGGAUCUUUCCCGUCUUCUAGAGGAAGAAGUUGAACUCAGCACAGAUCUCAUUGAUAACUACCCAGGACAUGAAACACUCUGGUGUCAUAGGCGGCAUGUGUUCUACCUUCAGCACCAUUUAAACAAUAAGCUUCCUCACAACCUAAUGCGACUAUCACCUGUGGACAGCAGUGGUGGGACUUUAAAUGACUUACAUCUCAGCCCAGCAGUUUCUCAUAUGACUCAAGCCAUGGAUGUGGAUGGCUUAAAUGACUCUAACAAGCAAGGCUAUUCCCAAGAAACUAAGCGAUUAAAACGGACACCAACUCAGGACUUCCUUGGUAUAGAAAUGGAACAUAGGUUUAUUGAACAAAUUUUAUCCACCUGCCGAAAUGUAGAGCAAGCCAGAUUUGCUAAUGCAUAUAGGAAAUGGCUGGUUACCUUGAGUCAGUGAAAGAAAUGAAGGUCCUGCAAAGUUUUACUUUUAGUAAAAUUUACUUUCUUUUUUUUUUCUUACACAUUUGCACAUACUGGUUCUGGUAUUGGUUCCUCACCUUUUAUGACCAAUUUUAAGGUUUGUUGGAAGACUCUUAGGAACAGGCUAUUCUUUUGUGGGAAAAAACCAAAAACAUUUUCCUAGUGAAUAAUGAGAUUAAAGUUUUGAGAGAAAAAAAAUUAUAUCCUUUGCAUUUCUACUUUGGACAACUUCAUAUUCUAUUGUAGUGAUUUUUUUUCUUUCUUUUUUUUUGUUGGGAAGUUUAUUAAUUUGCAAUUAUUAAAGAAAGGCCUUUAAAACAUAAUAGUUUCUAAUGACUAACAGUUUUUGGUUUGGGAAACAAAUAUGGAUAUGUGAAAAUAAAAUUCUGACUCUAAUAUGUUCUAGUUGUAGACUAAACUAACUGAAGUCAGUAGAGUUGGGUUUUAAGCAUAAGACCCUCUUCAGAGAUAACCAAUUUAUCAAAGGAUUAUUAAUUUUAUACUCUAACUUUAAAAAUUUUAUUACUGUAGUAGUAGAAAGUUUUUUUUUUUAUUAUUCAUUCUGAUUAUUUUUCCUUUUAAUUGGCAUAGGCUAUGAACACCCAACUUAAACCCAAACUUUUGUACCAAGUUAAGUUUUUGUUUUUGUUGUAUUUAAUUCUUACUAUCUUCCUUCAUAGAUUUGUUGACUCGGGAAAUCAGAUUAAACAAACAGGGAAAUUUAGGGGGAGCUAGAUGGCGCAAUGGAUAGAGCACCAGCCUUAAAGUCAGGAGGACCUGAGUUCAAAUGCGGCCUCAGAUACUUAAUACUUCCUAGCUGUGUGACCCUGGGAAAGUCACUUAACCCCAAUUCCCUCAGCAAAAAUAAAUAAAUAAACAGGGAUAUUUGUUUGUAAAAAGUUAACCUUAAAUUUACUUUAUUGAUUUACCAAAUCAACAAACCAUUAUUUUAUUUUUGAAAAUUCUAAUGAGGUAAAUAUUAAAUAUUCUGGGAAAAAAUAAAUGUAGGGGCAUUUUCAGAAAUAAGUUAAAACAUUUACUUAUAUCCAUUGUCAAACACUCUAUUUAUAGAUAUUUUAAAAGCAAGGAUUCAGUCCAAGGAUAUCUUUCUUGCUUUCCUUGAACCUCAAGGGUUGAAAAUACAGAGAAAUUCUACUCUCCCUGUGUUUUAUUUUGCUAAUUUUAAGUGUCCAUCUAUAGUUAAUUUUUUUCUCCCUCUUCAUUAUUUGUCCCUUCUUGUCAUAUCCCUUUGUUAUUUCUUGUCUUUUACUCUCUUUUUUGUUUAUAUGUUGUUUUCCUUUCUGUAUUCCUUCACAUUCUUUCUUGUCUCACAGAAAAAGAACCAGGAAGGAUAUACGUGUAAGAUAAGUUCUAUUAGUACCAAAUUGACAGAAGUUGCUGACCAAGAUGAGAAUACUUUCAAACCCCUGGCUCUUGGGGAAGGAUGUGAGCAGUAGAACAAGAGAUGCAACCUUACCCUACCUCCUAUGUUUCCAAGUUUCACUUUCUCAUUGUGGGGAGAAAAGGAUCCAGGAGAAAGAUAGAUUCCUGUUAUUUCACUCUUAUGAAAAUCUCAGAUUAACUUUAAGGCACUAUAGGAUAGUGGAAAAAAUCCUGGAUUUUGAAUUUCAGAUCAUGAGUUCCCAUCUCUACUACUUACUACCUGGUAACUUUGGGCAAAUCACUUUAGCUCCUAGAUCUCAGUUUUUUUUUUUUGUUGUUGUUUUUUAAUCUGUAAAUGAAAUCAUUGGUUCUUUCCAAUUGUAAAGCCUGUGAUCUUGUAAUUAAGAUAAAUUUCUUUUCAGGGGUUAUGACAUUUACUUUUUAUUUUGGCAUCAUAUCUCUGUUUAGUGACAAUCAGACAGUGAGCCUUAACAAGGUCCCAGGAAAUAUUGGCCAGCCUGGCCUUAGUAGACCUAGAGACCUUAAAUGUGUGACCACUUGCUGCUGGGCUUCUUUCUUGGGGCAAUAGUGGCUGUUUUUCAGACCUUUCAAUGUAUAUCCUUAUCUUUUUGAGUAUAUUCCUACCCCCUAAUACAUAAAGCCCUUUUCAGCAGAAGUUCCUGAAUCUAAUACCUCAGAGUCUGGACUUCUAUGAUUAAUCAUAGCUUCAGAUUCUUUCUUAGUGGUUACAUAGAGGUGGAAAAGAUAUAACAGGUCCAAUUCAUCCUGCUAGUGUACAUAGCCAACUAUUGACUCCAUAUAGUAUUAAUCUCAGUUUAUUUUCUAAGUUUAAUUUUGAAUGUCCUCAAUAAUAGACAACGCAUUUUCAUGAUUUUUCUAUUUGAGAAAAAUUAUUGGAAUUUUUCAGUAGCAAACAAACUUUUUGGUCUAGUUUUUCCACCCUUAACAAUGUUCUUAUGAAUUCAGAACUUUCUUAUACCUUCUCUAGAACAACUUCCAUUUUAGUAUGGAUAGCCUUCAGAUAUUUCAAGGCUCUGUCAUAACCCUAAUUGAAAUAAUUCCAUUCUUAAAUCUGCAUUGGUCUCCUGUCUUCUUAGCAAGUUUAGAGCAAUGAGUGAUUAUUGAUAGAGAGAAGGAAGUGCUUGGGGUCAGAAAUUUCUGUGCUAAUUUUUUUCUAUAAUCAGCAUGUGUUAUGUUCACUUAAAAAAAAAGUAAGGAUACCUGUGAGCCCAAGGGGUUCCCCUGCCAAAAACCCCCAACAAUUUUUGUGAUGAUCGCACUAGCACCCAGGACACCUUAGAAUCAGCCAGAGUCAGGAUAAGCAAAAGUCCUUAGUCUUUGUUCUUGGUCUUUAGGGAUAGGAGUGAAGGGGAUGGAAGUAGGAUCUCCCCAACGUCCUUCUUCCUUGUCCAUCACAAAAAGUGACCCUGGCUAGUCUUACUCCACCCUCUAGUCCCUCCUACAAUCUUCUGUAUACACCAAUCAUCGAGCCAGCACAGGAUAGUGUGAAGGGCCAUUUUCCAAGCAUAUGCCCAUAAAGUAUUGUCUAAUCGGUAGUUAGCCUGGUGCUUGGCUGUCCUGACCUCAGUGCAUCAACUCAAGAGUUUCAGCCCUCUACAAAUUUUAUUGUAAAUGGCAUUGAUUCUUAACGAACUCUAGUAGUAUAGUACAAAUAACUCUUUAACAGGAAACAGUAAUAGAGAAAUAGGAAUAAGCAAGGUCCUUUGUGAUAGAAGGUUGUAUAUUAAAAUAGGCCCUUUUUUUUUAUAAAAGUAAAAGGGGGGAAAGUUUAUAAGCAAAGUGGCUAUUCUCUACAUAAAAAGGCCACCCCAUCCUCAUGGCAAAAAAUGCAGCCAAGUAGCACCCACAGUCAGGAAUUCAGAAUGACCCUAAAUGAAAUUAAACUAGCCUUGUAAAUCUUAGGGGUUUUUUUUUCCCCUGAAGGUUUUCUGUUUUUCAGAUGCAUUAUUAACAAAUUAUACUGUGUGUUUUGCUCAUGAAAUACUCAGUAUAAGAGAUAGUGAAGAUACCCUCUUCCAAUUCAAGUUCAAUUUGCAACUUUAGAUAGUUGCCUAGAGCAUUGAGAAUUUAGGUGAUUUGCUAAGGAUCACAAGCCUGAGGCAAGACAUAAAUUCUGGUUUAACUCGUUUUGAGGUCAGCUCUAUCUGCUUUGCCUCUCAAAGAUGAUAAUGAAAUGAUUAAUUUCAGCAAUAUAUAUGUAGGUGUAUAUAUGUGUGUGUAAAUCUACGUAUUUGAAAAGUAUCACAACUGGAAGUUUUUAUUUAGAUUCUGGUUUAACAUCCCAUUUGGGAAAGGUGAUAUGAACAUUGGUUAAGUAUUCUUCCAGGCACAGUUGUUAAAAAGUUCUAAAGCUAGUUUUACUACAUUGAGAUCACUCCUUUGAUUAUUUUAAUGUUUCAGAAUCAGACCUUAAGAGGGCAAUAUUUUUGUAUCUGUGAGGUUUACCUGUUAAGAUAUAUAUUGGAUAUAUCCGUUUGCUUUUUUUCUCAAUUUGUGAACAACAAAAUCUAUCUUUUCAAAUAUUUCUUAAACUUACUACUGUGUCAUUAGGGAAGCUAAUCUAGACUUUAAAAGUCUUCUUUUCUCAUUCCUGCUUUGGAAAUUUAAUUUAAGGUUCCAUGAAAUUAAAAUCAGAAAAAGAAAAAAUAAAAUAACUGAUUUGGAUUGCUGCCUUAGUGUUAUAAAAUGAGAAUUUUUGUUCAUAAUGAUCUAUUCCAAAAUUCAUUAACAUAUAAGAAAUGGCAUCUUUUCUACAGUGGCUUUUUGUGUGUGCUUCUCAAAGAAGUGCCCAUGUAGCAUGUCUGUACUGUUCCUUGAGUUCAGGUCAUGUGAUGUGUUUAGGUCACUUGCAGUUGACCAGAGAUAGACACACAUAUAUACUUAUAUGUAUACUAUUUACAUAUAUACAAAUACAUACAUGCUUUUGAUUUAUUUUUAAGAUGCAUUGUGACUCAAGAAAAAUAAUUUCUAAUUCCCAUCUUUUUUUUUUCCCACCCAGUAAUGUAUGUGAUCUAAUGCUAAACUUUUUGGAUAAUAGUCAUUGUCCCCUGUGCCUCAGUUUCUUUAUUUUCUAGAGGAAAGUGGUAAAGUUUUACCAAGAUAAGUAUAAUCAUUUAUAUGAUCUUUUCCCAAAAAAGAUAUUUCAAAUCAACUGUGUUAAACAUGUUGUCCUUAAAUUAAAAAAAAAAAAAUUCCAAGAAGCAAAUUUUGCAAGAGAAUUAAAAUAAUUUUUGAUAGUUGCAUCUUUUUAUUUUCAUACGAGAUUCUUAGAUAAAUUUACUUUACACCUAUUAGUACCUUAGAGUGCCUCAUCCCCAAUGUACAAUGUGCUCUAGAGUCCUAUUUUAUGGAAGAGGGAGUUGAGCUAUAGAAAUCAGUGGAAAAAUUUAGUCAACAUAUAAGAUGUAAAAAAGAAAGCCAUAAUCAGAGCUAUGGAAAGAUAUAGUAAAAAAAAAAAAAAAAAAAAAAAAAA